AUGAUAUUUCUCGUGAGUCGUGAUGACUACAAGGAUGUCACAGUUCAUGCCCGUGCCCUUGAUGCUGUUGCUCAAAGACUGACAUGUUGCACUGGUGCUGACGUAAAAUCAAAAUGGGAAUAUUUGAGGAAGUGUUGGUUGAACGAGAGGAGAGAACAAAAUAAAGAGGAUCCAUCUGGCACUGGGACUGAUGACUUAAAGAAAAACCAACGCAAACCAUUUGCUUAUUAUGAAUCUAUGGGAUUCAUUUCCCCUUUCACCAAGUCAAGAGUGGGUCGCCAUACUAACAUUACUAACAAUAAAUAUUUCCAAACCGAUGACUAUGGUAAUGACAACGAUGCUGAUGAAGCUGUUCAACAACAACAAACAGUUGAAGUAGUACAUGUUGAAUUGUCACUCGAUUCCAGUAAUUCGGUUUUUGCAUCAGAACAAACAAAGCAAAUUUUGCAAAACGGAACUUUUUAUUCGUCGGAUUCAGACCAAUUUGCUGACGAACGUAAUAACAGUGGGAAUAAGACUCAAACAUUUUGAUAUUCUUUUCCAUAC